UGCGAGGGCGCGCUCUGGACUGCUUUGUGUGUGCUGCCAUGGUGGCCGGCAUAGUGCCUCGCGCUGCUGUUCCGCGCCUCCUGCGGGCUGGCUCGCGCUGCUGGCGCCGCCGCUUGUGGGCGCCGUCCGGGGAGGCGGCAGCAGCGGCCGCCUUGUCCUCCGGGGCGAGAAGCCCCUUCGACCGGCAGCUGAAGCGGAAGCAGAAGAACUGGGCGGCGGCGCGGGCCGAUCGCGGGCGGUGCGACUGCGACUACCUACGGCUCGAGGUUGGUGGCCGAGUAGCAGACCGUGUGUUUGAUGUAGCCAGAGCAUUCCCACUUGCUUUGGAUGUUGGCUGUGGAAAAGGCUACAUAGCCCGGUAUUUAAACAAGGAAACGGUUGAAAAACUUGUGCAAGUAGAUAUUGCACAGAAUGCAUUGAAAACUCCUAUGGAAACUGAAAUCCCCACUGUCAGUAUUGUAGCUGAUGAAGAAUUCCUUCCUUUCAGAGAAAACACAUUUGAGCUUGUUGUUAGCAGUUUAAGCUUGCAUUGGGUGAAUGACCUUCCUAGAGCUUUUAGAGAGAUUCAUCAAGUCCUUAAACCAGAUGGAGUAUUUAUUGGUGCCAUGUUUGGAGGAGACACUCUGUAUGAGCUUCGUUGCUCUCUGCAACUAGCAGAACUAGAAAGAGAGGGAGGAUUUUCUCCACAUGUGUCUCCCUUCACUGCUGUCUCUGACUUAGGACAUCUGCUUGGAAGAGCUGGCUUUAACACUCUGACUGUGGAUACUGAUGAAAUUCAAGUAAAUUAUCCAGGGAUAUUUGAGCUCAUGGAAGACUUGCAAGGUAUGGGGGAGAGUAACUGCUCUUGGAAUAGAAAACCUCUGCUUCACAGAGAAACUAUGUUGGCAGCGGCAGCAAUAUAUCAAGAAAUGUAUGGAAAUAAUGAUGGCUCCGUACCUGCCACAUUUCAGGUCUAUUACAUGAUAGGCUGGAAAUUCCAUGAAUCACAGGCAAGGCCAGCCCAGAGAGGUUCUGCAACAGUGUCACUUGGAGAUCUGGCAAAAAUAAAUUUUUCAGGGGGGAAAAAUUAGCCGAUCAUCAAAAGGUGACUUGUGUUGGACCUUUUACAAAAUAUUGCAUUGUAAAAUAGACUCUACAGUUGUCAGUGUCUACUGUUAUUUCAUUUUGAAGAGGUCAUAAAUUAACUACACUCAAGGCACUCAACAUUUUUAAUUCCUAUGCUGCAUCUUCAUCCAGAUAACAUCAUGUUUAUUAAAGUUUCUGUCAAAACAUUUUAUCAAUACAUUAACUGAAAGGAGAAUCUCUGCUUUUUUGUAGACAUUAUAAAACUUUCUCUACAUUUGUAAGCAUUUAGGAUUGUCCCAAAGAGAAUAACAUUUUGUAAGCAUUUGUACAUGCUCAAGGUACAUGAAGAGAUGUAUAUAGUUGUUAACAAGUCUUUCAAUUGGAAAAAUAAGGAGAGAGAAAGUCACCAAAAAGAUUCUACUUCAGAAUUAGUUUGGAUCUAAUUUCCUGUGCAUCUCAGUCUGCAGGUAGAAGCAUUGCCAGCAAUUGUUGAAAGUCUCAUGUAUGGUCUGUAUCUGAAAGGAAGUGAAGAAGAGAAUGUAGCUCCUGAAAAGAGAGUGCCUGCCUGAGAGAUCCUGCUUAAAAUCCUCUACAAUUAAACGCUAUUUAUUUAA